AUGCCCGUGACCCUUGAUCACGCGGACGCUCAAUAUGCUACGUGGGUUGAGAUUUUCCAAAUCCAUGCUUGUGCCUACAAUGAUACUGAUCAUAUUGAUGCAAAUGUUAAGCGUCCAACGGAUGUUGAUGAUGCAACGUGGAAGAGAUUGGAUGCAAUUGUUAAACAAUGGAUAUAUAGCACUAUUUCCAAAGACCUUGUUAACACUAUCAUGAAAUCGGGUGCUACGGCUCAAGAAUUAUGGACCCAACUCGAAGAAUCGUUUCAUGAUAAUAAGCAUACUAGGGCAGUGUAUUUGGAGGAACAACUUUCCACCACAAAACUUGAACAAUUUGCUAACAUGUCGGAUUAUUGUCAGCAAAUCAAAGUUCUUGCGGAUCAACUUGCUAACGUUGAUUGUCCGGUCUCCGAUCGAAAGAUGGUUAUGCAACUUAUUUCGGGUCUCACCAAAGGCGAAUACGACACCGUGGAAGCCAUCAUCUCCCAAACUGAACCCACAUCAAGCUUCAACAAAGCACGCUCCAUGUUUCUCCUCGAAGAAACUCGGCAAAAGAAACAAGAAGAAUCGGGCCAACAAGCUUUGGUGGCCCAAUCCAGUCAAGCCCAGUCCAAUACUAUCGGGUCACAACCUAGUUCCCAGCAACCGGCGGCCGAUCAGCGUGGUGGUGGUACAAGCCGUGGAAGGGGGCGUGGUCGUGGAACCAAUAACAAGCCUAAAGGCCGUGGAAAGGGUCGGGGGAAUAAUAACAAUACCCAACAACAACAACAAUCUGGCCCACAGUGGUAG